AUGAGAAGUGUCGCAAGAUAUCGAGAAGCGCGUCCAACACUGUCCGCGUUGCUUUUCAUCGUGCUCGCAGUUUUCGUGACCGGCGUUCGUGGACUUAGCAAUGUGUCCAUCGAUAUUCCAUUGGCUGUAGCAGCUGGCACAACCGUCAAUAUGAGCUGCAGAUACGAUCUACAGUCAGACACUUUGUACACGGUGAAAUGGUACAAGGGUCCUGAAUUUUUUCGAUACGUUCCCAAAGAGAUGCCACCGAUUGCUGUUUUCGGUGAAUUGGGUGCCAAAGUUGUUACAAAUCGAAGCGAUGCUCAUCACGUAGUUUUAAAGGAUGUACAGCCAAAUCAUACGGGCAAAUACCGCUGCGAGGUCUCCGGUGAUUCGCCAUCAUUUAAUACCGUACUCGUUUCUGGUUACAUGCACGUGGCCAGUCUUCCAAACGGCGAGCCUCAGGUAAGAGUCGAGAAAAAACGUUACGCUGUUGGCGACACUGUUCGUGGAAACUGCACUGUUCCUUCGGGAAACCCACCCGCGAAUGUGACGUGGACUGUCAAUGGAGUGCCGGUGAACGCCAGUUUCAUGAUGAAUGUGACGGACAAGCUUGGUGACAAUCAGCAAUUAAUGACUAUCGCAGGACUGGAUUUCGAGAUUAUACCAGAUAGUUUUAGUAAUAGCGGAUUACACGUUGUUUGUCACGCUAACGUGUUUCAUUUGUAUAAAAAACAGGCUGAUGUUCUUUUGAUCGAGGAACGCCCACGUUUGGCAUCUGUUCUGGGAACUCGAGAAUCUUCUUAUAUUGGUAGUGCAUCGAAAUAUAUGGAAGGAGGGUUCUACUUUAAUGUUGCAGUCACGUUGUUGCUGUGCAGUUUGAGAUAACAUCAAUGAACUAAUCAUUCAGAGUUUGUGGAUGUGACUGUGCUGAAAAGGAGAGGGAAAAUUGUUUGUAAAAUUUUGAAAUUAUUAAGUGCGACAAAGAAAGGAA